AUGUACCAUGUAGCUCCUGCGUUCGAAGGGGGUGUCCCUCCAUCUGCCCAGACGGGCGAUUGCAAUACUCGGGAGUUGCAUGAAAAGAUCGAGUCUCUGCAAGUCCGAAUCAAGGAGUUGGAGACUGCACUAGCACAAUUACAGUCUACAUUCACCACCGAACCUCAUCCUCUUCUCGUAAAGCCUCACACAACGACCACCGAACAUUCACAAUCAAAUGAGAGAAUAUCAAAAGAUAACGAACCCGAAGAUGAAGACUUGGUUGACACUUUUGGAUCCUUAACGAUUGGUACUGAAGGAGAAACAGUCUGUGAAUCGUCUCUCAGCUUUCAAACACCCCUGAUACUGACAUUUUCUCAGAGAAAGGAGGCAGAGACGAAUAACAAAGCCGAUCUGGGCCUUCCAAUCGAUAUAAUUCUCUUGAGCAGAUUAUUUCCUUUCAAGAAUACUAUCCUGGGCGUAGGAAAUGUGGCAAAUGACCAACAGGUUGCCGUAUUCUUCAUUAGUAUGGCCAUUUAUGUCCUUGGAGAUCCAAAGCAUCCCAUGUAUCAUCCUGAUGCCCGUCGUUAUUAUCAUUUAUCACGAGUAUCCAUGUCGUUGGGCGAGGAACUAUUUUCUACCUUUAACAUCAUGAUUGACGAUCCUGAUGGUCCGAACAGAGCUUGGGGGGCCUUAGGUCUAGCAAUUAGACUUGCUCAAAUGUCCAUAGAUUGUCGGGUUGCAACUUCUGAUUUAAUUUCCAUAGAUCGGGACAACGAGCAAUGGAACAAAUACCCAGAGCAAGCUGAACGUCGUAGACGUAUUUGGUGGGAUCUUGUUUUAUACGAGACUAUAUAUGGGUUCGCUAUGGGACGUCCGAGGGCAAUAUAUCCUGCGUCAGUCACUUUUCUCUCUCUUAAUUUCAGCACUGACAAUUCUAGUUCAGACAUUACAAUACAAAAAUGCCAAAGGAUAGCGAGGAUGAAGGCAAGACACCAUCAUGUUAGUGACUAUAAGCUGCACGCCACCAAAUGGAUUGCGGGCUGUUUGGGAAGCGUUUUGGACGAGGCAUUUGCGGUCAAGCCUCCCCCUUAUUCUUCAAUUCUCAAUGUUCCUUCCCUUGGUCACCUAAUGAAAGGAGAUGACUCGGAAAUAGGGCCAGAGGUUCUCUUACGGUCACUCUCGACUACUGGCCUGCGGGAGAUAGCUAAGCAACCUUACGAGCCUUUAAGUAGCAAGUAUGCUAUAAGUGUAUUAGCAGUUCACUAUAGUUCCACUCUGUUGCUCCACGGGAUCUCGCGUUCUAGCCAUAUAGUUGAACAGGUAUGCCUCAGUGCUAUCGUCAUCAAGAGUCCCGGCUGUUCUUUGGCGCCUUCAAGUCUAACCGAGAUUGACCGUAUCAAAGACACACUCACUGGGCCGACAAUCGUUAAACUACAUGAACAAGCUCAUCUCGCGAUGAACAAGUACAAUGAGGGAAAAUGGUCACGAAAUGCUUCCGUUGAUGGACCUGACGCAGAUGUGAUGAAGUUUAUCGGUCGAACUGACUUUGCUCCAGCCAAACAGCAGGAUGUGACAGUCAAAAUUGCUACCGAAAAUCCCUUUGAGAAUGAGGCACACUCGAUGUUGUUUGAAUACAUGAAGCAAUUCGAGACUCAACCGGAGAAGCCCACUGGAACUCCCACAUCUACUCCACAUUUCAUUCCUGGAAAUAGCAUCUUUUCAUAUGACAUGCCAGGCUUGGGAAAUAGCAUUGGAUCAUUCGACUCUCAUACCGCUAAUCGGCCCCUUAGGCAGAUUGACAUUGUCAAUGAUCUUGUCCCCAGCUCUGAAUCAGCCACUACUACAAGUCAAAUGUCUCACUCGACAAGAUGGCCUUCAAGUCACCAACACAACUCUCCUCACACGCCAACCCCUAUUCAAGGCGACUCUUCGAACAUUCCUUCCCAGGACUUCUUGUUCCAGGAUCUACUUCUCGAUCAAGGAACAGGACUCGGUCAAGCCAAUCAACAACCAUCGCAGGAUCAAAUAUGGGAGCAAUUUUUAUCGAGCCUCAUCUACGACGAAUUGGGAAACCUUUACGUCCCUCGACAUACGCUGAUGUCUCUAGCUUCCUCUUCUCACAUCCGUGCAACAUUCUCAGCUCUGAUCUGUCGAGACGUCUUGCCUGCCACUUGGACCUGCGGAAUUGACUCCUAUUAUAGGUUCAUUCUCAGCAAUACUCGGGAUUUACACGAAAAGAUCGAGGCUCUACAAAAUAGGAUCAAGGAGUUGGAGGCUGCUCUAGCACAACUGCAGUCUAAAUCUUUGAAAGCAGCAACUGAAAGUCUCCGGUCGGAUGACGAAACUACGAAGUAUACAGAAUCUGAUGACGAAGACCUAGUCGAUACUUUCGGGUCUUUAACAAUCGAUCCAGAAGGGAAAUCAAUUCAGAGAAAUGAGGACGACCCAACGAGCAAUACCAACACCGACCCAGAACUUCCGGUUGAUAUACUCCUUUUGAGUAAAUUAUCCCCUCUCAAGAGUGUGCAUGAAGCCGAGGACGUUACUCGCGCCUUGAUCAGAAGCUAUCUACCCCCACGGGAUGUCGCGUACGACACCUCAUCAGCUGUAUGGAAUGAAUUUCGUCAAAUGAUCUUCGAGCCGGUCUAUACACCAGAACUCAAGGCGAGUGAUCAACAAAUAGCUCUGUUCUUCAUGAGUAUGGCUCUUUGUAUGCUUUCCGACCCAUCUCAACUCGUAUAUCAUCCUAAUGGCCGCCGGUACUAUCAUUUAUCACGAGCCUCUAUUUCCUUAAGCGAG